AUGGAUGACAAGAAAAUCAGAACAUUCGACUGUGACAUUUUGAUAUGUGGUACCAGCUUGCUGAACAGUUUAUUAUCAGCUUAUUUUUCCAUUAAUAAUUACAAAGUAAUAAAUAUUGACAAAAACAAGUACUAUGGUGAUGUAAACUGUUCUUUGAAUUUCAGCCAAUUUCAAGAUGAAAAAAACAAACUUAAGAAUUUUUACGAGGAAUAUAUACCUCUUUCACCCUGUGAAAAUAAUGACAGCAUAGAAAAAAAAAAAAAACUGGAAAAAAUUAUUCACAGUUAUUUUCAAAUAUAUAAUAAUAAAUUUAAUAUUGACAUUAACCCUAAGAUAUUAUACAAUGAAAGCAAUCUUAUUGAUUUGCUAAUAAAGUUAAACGCACAUACAUAUAUUAGUUUUGUAGGAAUACAGCAUUUUUAUUUAUCCUAUCAAAGGGUAAACAACACCUGUACAAUUGAUGUAACAGAUAAGGAAAAAAUAAAUGGUCCAAAAAUUGAACCAAGGGAAAGAGAUAAUAAUAAAAAUGACACCAACGACAUCACAUCGCAUAUACAGAACAUAAGUAAUAACAAUGAUUAUCAAAAUGAAAACGAUUUAAUUUUGCUAAAAAUUCCACUAAACAAAUCACAAGUCUUUUUAGACACAAAUCUAAGUUUGAUUGAAAAAAGAAUGAUUAUGAAUUUUAUUUAUAAGAACAUUAUUCACGAUAAGAAUUACACCUUUUCCAAUUUUUCAAAUUAUAAUUUUACAAGAAAGCCAAAUAUAGAACAAUAUGGUGGGUUAUGUCAGUCUAGCGAGAUCAUAACAAGUGAAACAAUGCAGGAACCUCUAAAUAACCACUUAUUUAAGGGUGAAAAAAAAGAGGAUAAUAAGGAUACAGACAUGCAACAUGAAAAAAGGAAAGUUCAACAAAACCAGAACACUAAACUAAUUAAUCAUACCGAACUGUCGGAACAAUUCGCAAAUGUUAAUAUUUCAGAUUAUUUGAAAUUAUACAAUAUUUCGGGCAAGUUAAUUGACUACCUCAUAUAUGGAAUAGGUCUGUUCGACUUAGAUUUGCGACAGUGCAAUAAUAAGCAGAUUUCCGAGUAUUAUCUAAGUGGAUAUACCAAAUCGAAAAAUUUUAUUAUGAAUCAGAAAGAAUUUCUCCAACGCUUACACAUAUUAAUCAAUUCGCUAAAUAAAUUUAAAAUGCAAAAUUUAUUUGAGAAUGCUUUUAUUUAUCCAUCCUAUGGCUUAAAUGACAUUAUUUAUGCGAUAUCCCGAGUGGCUUGUCUAAACAAUUCCAUCUACAUGAUUAAUAGAAAAAUACAAAACAUUAUUUAUUCUCCCAUCUUCCAUAACACAGAAGAUAAAAUAAUGAAUGAUGAUAUGAUUCAUUCCUUUACGUCUACAAAAAUAAAAGAAAUCAUCUUAGACAAUGGUUAUAUAAUUAGACCCAGGUUUGUUAUAUCAUCUGGAUCUAACAUAAAUUUCUGUGAGAUGAAAAAAUACCUUCUCUGCAAAAAAAAAAAUAUAAAAAAGGUUAAAAAAGGUAAAACGUUAGUUAAAACUUACAGGUUGAUGGUUUUAAGCACCUACUCACUUAUAGGAAAACAGGGAAUAUCAUUUUACAUACACAAGCACCAAAAUUUGGAAGAAGAACAAAAAAAAAAGUUUGAUAAUUUAAGUAAUUCUAUACAUAUUUUACAAUUAGACUAUAAUAGUGGCUCUUGUCCUCCAGGUUUUUUCUUAACGUACUUUACAUAUUUAGAAAUUAAAAAGGAAGUAAAUAAUAUACCAAAGGCUCCAAUCGAUUUGAAGAAAGUAAAAGGGGAAAACAGUCAUGAUAAUCCUUAUGAAAAAAAUAAAAGUAACCCCAAGAAUCAGAAACCAUUAAAUUUUUCCUUAUUAUUUGAUGUCGUAAAACUAUUUAUUAAAAAGCAUAAGGUUAAUAAUAUCCCACCCGCAGAUUCAAAUUUACCUUUAAAAAUUCCCCUUAAUGAAUAUUUUCACAAUAUAAUUGCAGAAUUUUUCAGCACAUCUGAAACGGAAGAGAGGUCCAAUAUGCGCUUAACUGAUAAAGGGGAAUCACUCAAUGAGGAUACUAUAAAAAAGAAAGUGCAACAAAUAAAUGACCCAUCAUACACAAGGGGAAAUAUUCAGAGUUCUGGAAAAUUUCAAAACAUUCAUAAGGAUGAACAUACAAAUAAUUGUCAUAAGGAAGAACCUGUUCAGAAUAACCAAACGGAAGAAGUAACAAAUAGCCCAGAACAAAAGAAACAUAAAAACAUCGAAGUGGAUGCCUUUGUAAAAUCCUUAAAUGACUUGUUAACCAAAGAAGGAGUUAUUUAUUGUGCAUAUUAUGAAUAUGAACCAACCAUUUAUAGAAAGGACACUAUCAAAAUAAUUAAUGAAAACGUAAAGCACUAUGAAAAAAUAUUUCAACUUAUUGAAAAGAAUAUUAAGGUUGAACAUCAAGAUAUAUGUGAAAAUACAAUGAAUGAAUUACACAAAAAUAACGCCACUGAUGGUGGUGAUACAAAUAUCGCUGACUAUGUAGGCAAUAUUAUGAAUGGCGACGACAACAGAACAAAUUUCAACAAAGGUAAAAAGGAGAACAUAUUUGAAUACCAUGACCAAAACAACCACCCCCGCACCAAUGGGUUUGUCCAUCUAGACGAGAACAAGCACAUUUGUAAUUUACUUUUUACAAAUGAUAUCCACAACUACCCAAUUUAUCCCUUGAUAGAAGACGUAUCUAUGUUUUUCUACAUUAUUAAUAAAAUUCAUAGAACCCUUAUUUUAUCAAGCAGCAGCCAAACCAUAUAUGAUACAUUUAGCAAUAUGAUAAAGAAAAUGUUUAACGACUAA